CAAGUACUGCCGGGCUCCGAACUGCUCCAACAAUGCGGGCCAAUUGGGCGCGGACAACCGCCCGGUGAGCUUCUACAAGAAGCUUUGUUCUCUAAAAUCGUAGGCCAUCACAAACUACUGUUUGAAAUUACAUCCGUAAGAAUGAAACAUCUUACUUAAGGUUUGGAGAUGUUGAGUCACUUUGACACAGAGAAGCAACCUUGAUUUACAAUCCAGGUGCAGAGCUUCAGGUUCCCCCUGAAGGAUGGCCCCCGGCUGCAGGCCUGGCUGAGGCAUAUGGGGCGUGAGCACUGGGUGCCUAACUGCCACCAGCACCUGUGCAGCGAGCACUUCGCCCCCUCUUGCUUCCAGUGGCGCUGGGGCGUGCGCUACCUGCGGCCGGAUGCUGUGCCCUCCAUCUUCUCUGGACCGCCGCCCGCCAAGAGGCAGACGAAUUCCCGAAGCACCGAGAAACCAGUCGUGCCUCCAACUCCACAGGAGGCCACAUCCCUGGCCCCUGGCCCAGCCGUCCCGGCCCCUGGCCCCGUACAGCUUGUGGUGCUGGGGCCAGCAUCCGGGGGCCCCGAGGUCCCAGCCACCGUGUUCCUGACUCCCCUGCCGCUUCCACCGGUUCCCACGGGGCCGCGCCCUGGAGGGUCGGCCCAGCACCCCCGGCCCGGGCUGGGCGCGGCGCUGGGAGCGCUGCAGCGGCGGGUGCGGAGGCUCCAGCGGCGCCACGAGCGGCACCAGGCGCGGCUGCGGGCUCUGGAACAGCUGGCGAAGCAGCUGCACGCAGAGAGCCUGCUGGCGUCGGCACACCGGGGCCGGCUGCGCGCGCUCCCUGGACCUGAGGAAUCCCAAGCCUUCACCAUCAUUUGUGGCGGGCCUGACAUAGCUGUGGUCCUUGCCCAAGGUCCUGCGUCGCCCACCCUGGACGCCAAGCCUGAGCUCCUGGACACUCAGACUCCCAGUGCAUAAGGACCAGGGCAGAUGAUGGAAGACAGAGGAAGAGAGAUGCAUCAAACGUGGGCUUGGCCCAGCCCCAUGACCCAUGCCUGGGGCAUAAGCAGUGCCUCCCUCAGGGGCCUGGCUCCCACCACCUCCUCCUAGGGACCCCUUGAACCUUAGGGCUGACCUGGGCCCAAGACCCCUGUCAGCAGUGAUUACCCUGCGAACCAGGUCCCAACCCCACCUUCAAUUUUUGCGGUCAGUAAAACAUUCUCAGAGCAGAGCAAGGAUUGUUUGCUUGGAGAGAUUUGUACCUGGUUCUGAAGAGCCCCUCGUACCCUUUGCCAAGCCUGGUGCCAAGCUGGGGAUACAGCAGUGAACACAGCUGACAAAAGUCCUGUCCUCGUGGUGCUCAC